CCAUGUUGUCUCCCUCAAAUCUCUCCCGCAACAAGUCCCGGAUAUCCUCCGUUGCCAUCCGCAUCCACAUGGGGUCCCGCUUGAUCUGAUCUCUUAUUUAUGACCAUCGGCACAGCCAGCUUUAAAUCAAGAUUCUUCCAUCACAGCCCAGAAAGAAGUCACCACUUCAUCAGGACCUUAUUUGAUUUGUUACUCAAUAUCUCCAAGAGACACAAGGCACGCAAAACACCCCCUAACCACCUAUUGAUACGGCAUUCUACCUUACACCGCCAUUUACAUUCAUCAUGGCGUUGACCUUCAACCCUGGCAACAUCGUUGCUCGUGACAUUGAUCCUACCCAAGUGCACCCCGAGAUCCUUAAGAUUGUGACAGAGAUCUUGGAUCUCCGCCUCAACACAUUCGAGUCCACCAUAGCCGUCUCUGCAAGAGAUUACUUUGCUUUUGGCGAGGAGGGCCGGCUCUUCAUGGCAUUGCAGAUGGGGCGCAUGUUGGGCCAACCUGUCAUGUGGGUCAAGGACGGAAUGCAUUCCAACGUCGAUAGAUGGGUUCUUGGGCCUUGUGAGAGGUUCAUCGCCGGUCCACACAUGAUUGUCUCCGUCAACGGUAUCGCUGUCGUCGUUCCUCGACCACCACCACAACUCCUCGAGGAAGCACCGGGUGCAACCACCCAGUUCGUCAACGCUCCUGAACGAAGAGUCAAGAUCACACGACCUCCCAACGCCUUCAUCCUCUACCGCAGCGACUACCAAGCCCAAAUCAAGCAGAUGAACCCUCAACUUCAGAACAAUGAUAUAUCCGGAAUCCUAGGCAAAGCUUGGAACAACGAGUCUCAUGAAGUCCGCGAAAGAUACAAGGCUCUCGCGAAAGCCUACAAGGAGCGCCACAACAAGAUGCACCCUGAUUAUCGGUACACGCCACGCAAGCCUUCCGAGAAACGUCGUCGCAACCGGAGGAGCACUUCAGCCUAAUCGCCCUCGCCACCUCGUUCUAAAGAUGGAGCCAAAGGAUAACAGGAGCAAGAAGCGAUCCAUCACAACGUCGCUACAUAGGUUCCUAUCAUGCUAGGUCUCAAUGACUGUGCAAGAAUUUUCGCGACUACAAGUUGCUGCGAAGGAGCACCCUCGUCUGCUGCCUUAGGCCGAGUAUGCCUCGUCUUCCCUCAAAGCCGUGUUCCAGCUCGCGCCGAGAAAGUCGACAUAACACCAACACUUGAUGUUCGGGCCAGAACUAAGCAGACAUGCCGUGCCCGGCCCUCGCCCUUAUCAUGGUCAGCCGGAGCAAAGAGACUUCUUCUGCGACCUUAAGGUCCUGUGAAGCCCAGGAUAGGCUGGACUUCGUGUAAGGCUCCGGAGCCGCUUCGUGCGGUUUCACCUACUCUACUCACAAGAUGGGCGGAUUCUGGACGCAUCAUCGGGUGGAGACGGUGGCGGCGCUCUUGAUGGGGUUCAAGCAAAGAGUGAGCUACUUCAAGCAGAGCAAGACUCGAAAGGAUAGAGCAAUUCGCGUCGUCGCUGCCGAAGAAUCGGAUGUCUAUUUCUGCCAUGAUACGAAGAUGAGCCACCACAAUAGCGAUAUAGAUUGUUUGAUAGAUUUACUAAAACGAUAAUGAAAUCAUAAUGUUCA